AUGACUGAUUAUGAUUAUGAAUGUAGUGUUCUGAUAAAGCAUGGUGGCGAAACUCGCUUACAACUUAAUGAUGAAAGCUGGGACGGUCGUUUGGCACAUAGCAUUUCGAAUGAGAUCAAAUCGUCAUAUGUUCAUAUUCUUUGCACCUAUCACAAAAGUGAAAUUUUGGUAGUUAUCGCCUGGAAAUUGCUUGUGAUUUUCUCUGAAGAAGAAGCAACAACUGGUGAAACCAGCCAAACAGAAACGGUGAAAUACUAUUAA